AUCAUACUGACCUGGUUUUCCAUUUUUAUGAUUUUCUCUUUUGUCAAGUCUUAUUUCCCGAUUAAGGAAGCUUGGAAAUGUCGGAUACGUAACAGGACAAGUUCCUUUGAUCACUAAAGGCUUUUCUCAAGACGUUUAUUGGUCUUCUGGUAGGAGAGGAUAUCAGAAUAGGAGAAAAAAAUAGCUGGAGUGAAUACACAAUUAUUUCCAAGAUCUAACAGGAGAAGGCUCACCAUAACAACUAUAGACUAGAAUUGGGUGUGACACCAAGGCUUCAUGUAGCAUUCACUGAUUUUGAAGCUAAAUGUGAUUAGCUACUCCUUGACUCCUGUAGUAUUUACAUCCUCUCGCCUUGUCAUGCAACUCCGUCCAAUCUGUCAUCUCAUACCAUGUGUUGUGGUGCCAUUGCUAUGGAUACUGUUAUCAAGUAGUCGGGGAAUAAGCGGGACGAUAAUUCCAGCUUGCAAUGUCACCUUACCCGAGGGUGUCAAAAGCGGGGUGAUAACGAGUCCAAACUACCCCUACAGCUACAUGAAUGAUGUCAAGUGUCAUUACAAGUUCCCCUUCUCUUAUAAGUCGAGCCGUACAAUAUAUCGCCUGUGCCUCACCUUCCAUCGCUUCGACAUCGAGCGUCACGAAAAGUGCAGUUAUGACUAUUUGCAAAUCGAUUACGGCGGCCCGAGAUUGUGUGGUAACAACACCAUUGGACCCCUCGGAUUGACAGUUGAACCACCAUCGUUUGACCUCUCAACCUGGCCCACAGUUUGCUAUCUGACAUCUUCCCUCCGUGUCGAGGUUAUUUUCAAGGCAGAUAUCACAUCCCGGUUUCCAGGGUUCUAUGCAACUUACAACAUAUCAUGGGCAAAUACGGCCCUCCAGUCCAGUUUAUGUCCGAGCCAGUGUCAUAAUCUCACUUGUGGAACAUACAGAGCAAUAUAUGAUGAGCGGGGUUGUCCCACUUGUAAAUGUCACUCUGUACCAACAGCGCCUUGCCACAAGGAUGAGUUUGUGUGUUUCACAUCCGCCCAGUGUAUCCCUCGUCGUCAGCUCUGUGAUGGUAUCAAAAACUGUCCAGAUGGCUCCGAUGAAACGUAUGAGCAUGCUCAGUGUAGUCAGAAACAAUGCCAGUGUCUGUCUCAAGUUGGCUGUACAUUUGAUUUCAACACCUGUGAAUACAAGAGAUCUAAUGCAAAGUUAUGGAAACUUUAUUCAGGGAAAACGCCCUCAAAAAAUACAGGUCCAUCCUUUGAUCAUACGCUCAUGGCAGGAAUGACAUAUCGAUAUUCUAGUUUUGUGUAUUUUGAAGCAUCCUACGUUGCUGUGGGGCGAAUGGACACCCUGGUUGUGCCGGCCAUUAACAUCCAGCCCCGUCAAACCAAGUGCUUUCAAUUCUGGUACCACAUGUGGGGUGAAUAUAUGGGAACGCUAGAACUACAGAUGAAGAACGUCUCCCAGUCUUUAACCUGGGUUACAGUCUGGUAUGCUAAGGGGAACCAGAUUGACAUGUGGCAGGUUGCCCAGAUUGACCUUGUUGGCUCCCAGACAGUGGAUCAAUAUGAGUUACGAUUUAUGGGCACCAGGGGUCAGAGUUAUACCAGUGACAUGGCUCUAGAUGAUAUCAGUAUUCUCGAUGGACAGUGUGUCAGAAGAGAUUUUUCCUGUACAUUUGAAAAUGGGAAAUGCGGGUGGGAAAUGGCCAAGGCUUUCAGUGUAGUUCCGCAGCCAUCAUUCCUGUCUUGGUCAUCUGGUAACGUUGCCAUGGGUACUGUUUCCAAGUCGUCAGUUUCCCCGGAGCUUGGCGGUGCCUCCAUCGAGUCGGGUUUUAUCACCCACAACAUCAAGGAACCCAAAUGCCUCAAAUUCAAGUACAGCAAGACGGCCAAGACGAAGAUAACCGUGGAUUACUUGGAGGACAAUACUUACCAACAUGAGAUUGCUCAGAUAUUUGGCGUCACAAAUGGCUGGGAUCUAUACGAGUUGGAUAUACCGAAAGUCUAUUCUGCAUAUAAGAUUGUUCUAACCGUCUGGCCCUAUGGUGACUUCUUCAACAUUGGCUCAGUCAGGGUCUACAUCGAUGACAUCUAUUUCCGAGAAGGCCCAUGCACGAUGGCCCCCACAACCCAGACGUCAUUCUGUGGAGAGCCACAUCAGUUUCUUUGUUAUAAUGGCAACUGUGUGAAGCAGACGGAUAAGUGUGAUGGGUAUGAUGAUUGUAAGGAUAACUCGGAUGAAGAAAGCCUCUUUGCAAAUUGCACUGGUGUUCGUUGCCCGUCUUAUAAUUUCCUUUGUGCGAAUGGUCACUGUAUCUACAGUGACUUGAAGUGUAACGGUGUGGAUGACUGCGGUGAUAACACGGAUGAGGAUCCCAUUUAUUCUAACUGCACCUCUGGAGUGUCUAUUGGUGGAAUUCUGGGCAUCAUCUUCGGUGUCAUCUGUUGUCUCAUCCUCGUCUGCACUUUAUCCGUCUUCAUAUGCAAGUUUACAAAACAGCGAAGAUGCGAACGACGCCGGCAACGCCGGGAACGUCGGGAAACAAGACAAUCACCCGUUUUUUCGAUUUCACACACGGCGCCAGACAUGAUGCCACCACCAUACCAAGCUGUCGUCAAUGAAGGUUUCAUCGGCGAUUCUUUGUAUGAAAUGCCGCCAUCUUAUGACUCAAUUGUUGCAGAUAAUAAUAACGGUAGCACCACUUUACUCACGGUGCCACCCUAUUCUGUCGUGGAUCCACGAUCCAGGACGGAAAUUGCACCUGAUGAAAAUCCCAAUGGUCAGUUGACACAGACAGUAUUAUCUCCUCCUGUUGCUGGGAUGAGUCAUUCAGAUAUGGUGCUUCAGCCUUUAGGAACUGAUGCGACUGUCCCACCUUUACAUCCUUCUGCACCACCAGACAUCGUUACUUGUGCCCUUAAUUCUAAUCAAAUGACGGAGUCAUCAAGAAGUCCACCCGUCAUUUCACCUACAUGUAAUUCGGCCAGCACCUCACAAGCUCCGCCCACUUUGCCUCCGCCCAUUGUUACCGCGGCAACGGAAACAGAUACACCAAAAGAUUCCAUUGAAGGGGACGAGAUAAUUCCGAAAUGACUCCAUGACAAUAAUAUUAUCAUAUCUAAAAAUCUUGUAAGCUGUCAGGCAGAGUAAAACACAUGUGCACAAUGUACAUAAUGUACACAUGUAUACACAAUGUACACAUGUAUACACAAUAUACACAUACAUGAAUGCCGGAAUGUAUAAUUGCAAGGGUUUUUUCUUGUUGUCCGGUGAUGUAACUGAGUCGUCUGUUCAGACUCGAACUCUAGUGAAUUGUUGCACAAGUGAUACACUCUGUCACUCAGCCACGCUGUCAUAAAAAUCAUUUAAACCUUGGGAAUGAUAUGAGUAUUUAGCUUAGGUUGUAUUGUGUUGUAUGGUGAGUGUUGUUAAAUCUGUAUCAAUUGCUUGAGUUAUGAUCUAAUCGCUAGCGUAGUCUGAUAAGACCUUUGUACAUUCCAUUGUUUCUGUUAUUGAUAGACUGAUUGAGUUUUGGAAUUAACUGACAGAAGAUGAUUGAUUGAAGUGCAUUACUUCCAUGUGCAGUUAUGCACAAUACAUUUCAUUUCUGCUGCAGUCUGCUUCUCUUGCUCAGCUUUAUAGACAAUCUAAUUCUGAUUGUUGUUGUAUACAUGUAUUUAUAACACUGAAUGAUGCUUUAUUUUAUAUUGUAUAAGGAUUGAACUAAUGAUAUCUCAAAGAUGGUAUUUACAACUAACAUUUGAAUGCAGGAAACCUUCAACAGGAAGUGUAUAUUUGUUUGGGUUUUUUUAUGUUGAUUGAUUUGUCCAAAUUCUUGGUAAACAAUGGAGGUAUAUGUCCCAAGUUAAAAUACAUGUACAGUACUACUUUCAGUUUUAUCAAACCUACUUCAAAAUAGGAAAUUUCUUUGUUUUGAUCAUGUUAAAAUAUAAGUAUGUGCAUGUGUAUUAUAUGUAUGUUAAUGCAUUUAUGCAAAUCAUUCCAUUUACUUCCUGCCAUUGUUGUCACACUAUUGCUUUACCAGUAAUGUUAUCAUGAGAGAAAUGGUGUGACGAUGUGUGUCUUGACAGCCCUCCAAAUUAUGAGUUUAUAAUGUACUGUAAAAAUGCAACCCAGAAAAAUUUUGAUUGAUUGGUGGAGCGUUGCCUGCAUGUACCUUUUAAAGGCAAAACUUUACAUUGUGUAUAUUCAUAUUUUGAAGAACUACAAAUGCAUGAUGUAACAUUGAAGUUGUAUUUUGCGCUUGUUAAUUUUUUCACAUCAGGUCGGAUCGCAAAGACAACAAAGUUUAUAAUGUACUGUAAAAAUGCAACCCAGAAAAAUUUUGGUUUAUGAGUGGAGCGUUGCCUGCAUGUACCUUUUAAAGGCAAAACUUUACAUUGUGUAUAUUCAUAUUUUGAAGAACUACAAAUGCAUGAUGUAACAUUGAAGUUGUAUUUUGCGCUUGUUAAUUUUUUCACAUCAGGUCGGAUCACAAAGACAACAAUUGGCCAUAAACAUGUUCUGGGUUACUGUAUGCAGUAGUGUCAUCAAGCUUUAAUAAUUCGAAGGCCAAGUUUUGGUUUAAAAUUUGCAGAUUUAAUUAGAUUGUUGCAAUGUGUUACGACCGAACUACAGCCACAUUAAUUUUUGGUUCAAUGACUUUUUAACCAAAUUGUUGGUACACGUAUGCUUAUUGUUGUAUGUGCUUUAGUUCACACUGAAAAGUAUGUGUAUAUAACAUUAUUGUAAUGGAGUGUAUUAUGGAAAAAUCCGGAUCUAAAACCUUAAAAACGUGACAAGCAUAUCAAUUUUUAUUCAGCGAGCUCUGUUUCAUCAUUCAAUUUCUCAAUACAUCGACACGAUAUGUUGCUGGCUUGAUUGUGAUAUUGUUUAUGAUGAAGUUUAUUAUGAAACUACAUAACUACUGUAUAUACAGAUUGUUAGGAUGUACUGUUACAUCAAAUGUGAUUCAAUUUAUGUACAUAGUAAGUAAUAUAUUGGAUGUCAAUUGUCAUGACACAUUGUGAAGUCUAUUAUAUUUUGUCCUCUACACUCAGCUCUUCAUAGAAAAGAAGAUUGUAAUCACAAGGACAUUUUGAUUAUCUACAGUCAACUCUAUGACUAUAAAUGUAUUUUCAGAGGUAAAUCAUUCUGGCGUCAUUCAGCCUUUACGUCCUGGGAAUCGUCCAUAGAGGCUGAUUUAUGGUAUUGGUGCAGGGAGAAAUGAUUCAUAAUGAAACCUUGUGUUUUGUAAUCACAUUGCAUUAGUUGCUAGCAUUAUCAUACCAAGUGUCUCUCUUAAGUAACAUGAAAGAGAGAAAGAAACUGGGCCAUCAUGCCCAGAACAGCAAUGCGUCCUUUUCCAAGGUGAUUGGACAUAUGAAAUGCUGAUUGAAUGUUCAAAGUGCUAAAUCUUAUUUUGCCAGUCGUGAGAAAAUGAUCAAAUACAUGUAUUUUCAAAUGAAAGUGAAAUAAAAUAGACUGAUUAUAGAUUGAA